AUGGGUAAAAAUUGGGAAGAAAUAAUGUCAAAUGCUGUCAGCGUACAUAUGAGCGGGUACCAAAAUAUUAUGAUAAACCGCAAUGGUAAACAUUGGAAAUUCCGUGAAGUUCCGGACGAUAAACAAGAAUUUACGAUUUCGUUAGAAGGUCAUGAAUAUAAUGUCACCAGAUUUAAUGGUCCUGCAAAAUUUGAAACUGAUGGAUGGCAUGGUUGGGAAAAUUGGUGUUUUGCUGUAGAAAAGAAUUUAUAUCCAGAUGCUGUUAUAAUUUAA